CACGUCAGUCACCGUGCAAGCGUCGAGUUAUAAACACAGUUCCGGCGGGAGUGGGUUUGUCUUUGCAAAUGAAUGCAGAAAAAAUGGCAGAUGAUGAAAGUUUACCUUCGGGGUGGGAGAAACGCCAGAGCCGGAGUUCAGGCCGUGUGUACUACUUUAACCACAUCACAAAUGCCAGCCAGUGGGAGCGCCCGUCCGGGGCGGCGGAUGGGAAGGGGGAGCCCGACAAGGUGCGCUGCUCCCACCUGCUGGUCAAGCACAGCCAGUCCCGGCGCCCGUCGUCCUGGCGAGAGGAGAACAUCACGCGUUCCAAAGAGGAGGCCCUGGAACUGAUACACGAGUACAUCGAGAAGAUCAAGUCUGGAGACGAGGAGUUUGAGACGCUGGCCUCUCAGUUCAGUGACUGCAGCUCCGCUCGCAAUGGUGGGGAUCUGGGGUCCUUUGGCAGAGGCCAGAUGCAGAAGCCGUUCGAAGACGCCUCGUUCGCGCUGAAAGUGGGGGACAUGAGCGGACCCGUGUUCACGGAUUCUGGGGUGCACAUCAUCCUACGCACCGGAUGAGACCACCACACCCCCCCCGUCCUCCCCAUUCCCCGAUCCCCACUCCUCCACCCCCAUCGAACUGAGUACAUCGGGUUUCCCUAAAGAAAUAAAAUAAAAAAGAGAAAUACACAAAUUGAGUAGGGGAGAAAAUACCACAUCCCAGCCCUUUACAGCAGUGGCUCUCCAACCCGGUCCCGGGGACCAGAGUGUCUUCUGGUUUUCAUUCCAGCUGAGCUCUCAAUUACUUAACUAAACCCUUAAACUAAUAGUACUUAACUAGACCUUUUAUAACUAUUCUAAGGACCCAAAAAGCUGCAGAUUUCAAGUUACAGAAAUGAUUUGAGAGUUAACUUGAUACUUCCAGCUGUUUAAGAGCUGCAAACAAUUAAAAAGGCCUAAUUAAGCACAUUAUUAGUUCAGUUAAGGGUUUAGUUAAGUAAUUGAGACCUCAGUUGGAAGACACAGGGUCCUGAGGACUGGGGUUGAGAACCACUGGUUUACAGUAUUCUUAAACUGGUUCACACCCACAUCCUUCACCAGUGUAUUCAUCCCAGCAACACAUGGGCAAUCAACCUAGCAAAGUGGAAAGAAUAAUUGAAUACGUUUCGGAAAUGUUUGGCACGUUUAAGAGAAACGGUUCUGCCUUACGGUUAUUUCUGUAAUACAGUCAAUAUUUUGCAUUGAGUUUAAGAUCGAUUUCUGCAGCCUGACCAACCCCAUCCAAUUCUUUUUAAAACAAAAAAAAAAAAAAAAAAAGUAUUGCUGUGUUACUGUUCUUUUACUGGUUUUAUGAUGACAGCUGGGCGGAGGCAGGUAGGUUCGGUUCUGUUCGGUUAGGCGGGUGUGUUGUGUGUUCAACAAGCACUCCGUGGGGUUCUCCAAUGAGACCAUUAAAGGAAUUUUUAAUUGCA